GGGCGGAGGGAGGAUCCAGGAAUGCUGCCAGCUGGUGACAGAGGCAAGACUUCACUGAACCUCAACAGCAGCGAGAAACACAGGAAGACGAGUUACCGCAGUCAACAUGGCUCAGUUUUCUGACCUGGAGAAGGCCAUCGACACACUGGUCAACCAGUUCCACUCUGCUUCAGCUGACAAAAGUCCAACGCUGAAAACUGAUGAAUUCAAAAAUCUUUUGUCCUCCCAGAUGCCCAACCUGAUGAAGGGAGUCGGCACAGACCAGGCAUUUGGUGCGAUCCUGCGGAAGAUUGGUGUACAUGACGGCGAGGGCAUCUCUUUCAAGCAAUUCUGGGGUUUAAUCCAGUCAGUAGCCACCGAGCAGUUUGGGCGCCUUAGUGGUCAGAAGGGCUCCUCGUGCAGCUGUAUUCUCCUGUGAAGAGCAGGCUCUCGGCCCAACACUUUGUAGCUGGAAAUCUAACUCAGCAGAGUAACACAUGUACAUCACUCUCAUAAAAAGUUGUCAAACAGAAUAUAUAAAGGUACAAAAUCCUUUCUGUUUCUAUCCUUUCUUGACUAAAAUGUUACAGUUUUAAAAUUCUACUGGCUUCAUUUUCACCAGAUCAAUUCAGGCUAGUUUAACUGUAAAUUCAGAUUAUUGUGCUUUUAAAGGUUCAAACCAAAAUGUCAUCCAAUUUUGAAAAAAAUACUCAAUUUCUUCAUUUGUAUGAAGUUAUUUCAUUUCUCAUACUGCACAUGUAAGAAGUGGCUAAAGCUUAUGUUAUUAGACACCACCAUCUGAUUGGUGUCUGGCUGUCCUGUCUUUGUGUUGCUUCAAGAUGCACACCCUGUUUUGUUCUUUGGCUGUUUGCUCCCAAAAAUGUCCUAGACAUCGUAUACCUAUAAAUCCUAACAAGACCUUUACUUUGCAUAGAAAAACAUGCACAGAGCUGAGAAAGCUGGUGUGUCUGAGAAAGCGCUGUUAUCAGGGGCAGAGUUAAUAACUUGCGUCUCAUAACUGUUUCUCCAGUUUGUCACGUUUUCCAUUUGUGACAGCGUUAGGUGCUUUUGAAAAGGUCAAAAUUACAACACUAAUAGGAAUAUGAAUCGUCCACUGUUACGGUAUUUUCAACUUGAUGUGUAAUUUUUUUAAUCGUCUGACCUCAUCGUUUUAAAAUGGUUCGCUCGAUGAAACUGAAUAAAGUAAAACAUAAUUUACCAUUUUAGAAAAAGGAACAAAAACAAGCCCCAUCCCUGACUUACUGAACAAGGGUCACUGCUUAUUUAAACGAGGUCAUUAGAAAUAUUCAGCAGAAAUGUGUUUAAAUAGAAUUUGUUUCCUGGUUUGCAGAGAGCUGACUCUGAGGUAAAUUGUUUCCCAGUAACAAAACAUGUGGUUUGUAUUAUUUCUAAUAGGAUAUUAUGCCUUGUAGUCCCUUUAUUCUUGAAUGCAUUGCCUCUGAUGCUGAUUUCUAUGUAUUUAUAUUUUGUAAUUCUCUGUAUUCUGACCUUUGUGACAUCAUAAGAAGUGAUUUAAGGAACAUUUUAAUAAACGAUUUUCCCAAUA